AAACUCAUUCUUACAACACUUUCUUUCAUUCUCUCUGUCAUGGAAUGGAUUAUUCGACUCUGGAUUCUGAUGGGUAUCAUCAUCCUUACAUGCUGCUGCUACUGGUUUCUGUGGGUCAAAAAGGAGAACGGUGACAGGCUGAAACAGAAGAAGAAGAAGAAGAAGAAGAAGAAGGAGGAGGGGAAAGUUCCCAGAGGUAAUAAAGGUUGGCCUUUACUUGGAGAAACCCUUGAGUUCAUUGCUUGUGGCUACACCUCCAAUCCUGUCAGCUUCAUGGAAAAACGCAAGUCUCUGUAUGGUAGUGUAUUUAAGACAAGCAUUUUGGGAACUGGUGUGAUUGUGUCGACAGACCCAGAAGUGAACAAGGUGAUUCUGCAGAACCAUGGGAACAUAUUCGUCCCUGCUUAUCCAAAAUCUGUGAGAGAACUAAUGGGAGACUACUCCAUCCUCCAAAUGAACGGGAACAUGCAUAGGAAAAUUCAUUCACUCCUUGGAGGCUUCCUACGAUCCCCUCAAUUCAAAGCUCGAAUCACUACAGAUAUUCAACACUCUGUUAAACAAUGCUUUGCAACUUGGACCCACCAACCAAUUUACGUUCAAGAUCAAGUCAAAAAGAUCACAUUCACUAUUCUGGUUAAAGUUCUGCUUAGCAUUGGUCCCGGUGAAGAUCUAGACUUCUUGAAGAGAGAAUUUGAAGAGUUCAUAAAAGGGUUGAUUUGCUUACCCCUCAAGUUUCCUGGAACAAGACUACAUAAAUCCUUGAAGGCUAAGGAAAGAAUGAUGAAGAUAGUGAAGAGGGUAAUAGAGGAAAGGAACAAUAAUAUCCAUAAGAAGAAGAAUUCAGAAGAGAAAGGAGGUGCAGCAAAUGAUGUGGUGGAUGUGCUCUUAAGGGAUAUUGGUGAUAGCAACACUAUCUCUAACAUGUUGGAAAAUAUCUGUGAGAACAUAAUUGAGAUGAUGAUCCCUGGGGAGGAGACUCUUCCCACGGCUAUGACCAUGGCUGUCAAAUUUCUCAGUGACUCUCCCCUUGCCCUAUCCAAAUUACUGGAAGAGAACAUGGAAUUGAAGAGGCAGAAGAAUAGUGCAGAGGAUUAUGUAUGGAAUGACUACCUUCAACUGCCAUUUACACAAAAUGUUAUCAGCGAAACUCUGAGAAUGGCAAAUAUCGUGAAUGCCAUUUGGAGAAAAGCAGUGAAAGACGUUGAAAUCAAAGGGUAUUUGAUUCCUAAGGAUUGGUGUGUUGUGGCAUCUCUUACUUCUGUUCAUAUGGAUGAGAUGAAUUACGAAAAGGCUUUUAAGUUUGAUCCUUGGAGAUGGGAGAAAACAGGAGCUAAUAAGAAUUGGUUUACACCAUUUGGUGGUGGACAGAGACUGUGUCCUGGCAUAGAACUCUCAAGGCUAGAGCUAUCUAUCUUCCUUCACCAUCUUGUUACCACUUACAGAUGGGUUGCGGAGAAGGAUGAAAUAAUAUACUUUCCAACAGUGAAGAUGAAGAGGAAGCUCCCAAUUAGUGUAAGAAGGAUUAACAGCUAAUUAAAAUGAUAUAGAUAGGUGUAGAUAUAUGUGUUUGAGUGUAUAGGAAAAAAAGGGAGUGUGUUAGGUCUAAUGUCCCAUCUAUUUUGAGAGAAAGGUCCUAUAAUAAUAUAUUGAGAGAAAUUGAAUGGAAGUGGGAAUUAUUGAUGUUGAGUCUCUGUCCAUUAAAUUUGAGUGUUUGAUUCCUUCCAUGUGGGUUUUGUUGUUGUCUUGGUCCCAUGGCAUGAUAUGGGCUGCUGCUCCACCACCUAAUCUUGUUCUCUCAAUUAGUGGAAUUCUACAACUCUUGUACCUGCUACACCAUCCCACAACUAUUUUAUUACUUCUGUUACUUAACAAAUUAUAAUUACAAACUCA